AUGCAGGGACACAACUUGAAGCUAUGUAAAUGGAAGGAUGGGUUAAGUCUGGACCGUAAGAUUGGUGAAAAAAUGAUAAAAGUGUGGAAGCCUUUGAAACCAGCAGGGAAAGAAAAGCAGCACGUAGAGAUAGGUAUGAAUGCUUUGUUGGCAAAUAUUGAGGAUACAGGGGAGGCUGGGCCAAGUGGUUUGCCGGUGGAGAGUCUUGGUAUUAAUUUGGAGGAAGAUGGCAAAGCAGUGGUAUUAGUUGGUGAGACGCAAACAGCAGGGGCUUUAACUGAAAAACAAAACACCGAAAAUGUUACAGGGAUACAGGAAAUUAUGCAGUUGCCUAGUGAGCAGAGGAACACGGAAACUCAGUCUAGUGAUUUCGAAAAUGCAGUAGGGGAUACUCAUGUGUCUGAGAAUGUAGGGGAUGUUCAUGGGAUGUUAGGGACUGUUGGGAGUAAUGUCAAGGGGCAGACUGAAAUUGAAAAUGUUGAGAUUAAUCUGAUUGGGUUGGAAAGGUCUACGCUUGAGGGCCUCAAAUCAUCUCGGAGGAGGUUGUGUAAAUUGGUAAGGAAGUUGCAUUUGAAUUUUCUUAUGUUAGCUGAGCCCUUUGCUGAUGAUCAAAGAAUGGUUGCAUUGAAACAAUUGUUGAGAUUUGAUUGCUGUUUUUCUAAUUUAUGCGUUGGUGGUAAACUCUGGUUAUUAUGGAAAGAAGAUUUGCAAAUAUCGGUUGUUAGUUAUAGCGCCCAGCAUGUGACUAUCUCUAUGUGUAUGGAUAAUCGGAAUUUUGUUGUUUCUGUGGUGUAUGCCAAGUGUAAUCAUGUAGAAAGAAGAGAACUCUGGAGAGUGCUACAAUUAGACGUGGUCCAAGAUGCACCUUGGUUAUGCCUAGGUGAUUUUAAUACUAUUCGAGGGGAGGAGGAGCACUAUGGUGGUAGACCAAGACUGAGAGCUGCCAUUGAUGAGUUUAAUGAGUUUAUUGAUAAUUAUGGUUUCAUUGAAAAGAAAACUGUUGGAAGUAAAUUCUCUUGGUGUAAUGGUCAGAGGGGUUUAGCUCAGAGUUGGUCGAAAUUAGACAGAUGCUUAAUGAAUGUUGUGGCUGCGGAUGUUUUUCCUAAUGCUUGUUGUAAAUAUAUAGCUCGCUCAACUUCCAAUCAUACACAUUUGUCUUUUGUUUUUAAGAAUUUGGGUACUCGUUAUGGGCCUUCCUCCUUUAAAUUUCAGCAAAUGUGGGUGUCUCAUAGCAAUUUUUUGAAUAUGGUUAAGGAAAAUUGGUCCGCAUUGGUUGAUACUAUGGGGCUUAUCGGUCUUGCUACAAAGUUGAAGAAGUUGAAAAUAGUUUUGAAGGAUUGGAAUCGACAUAUCUUUGGGCAUACUGAUACGAAUAUCCAAGUUUUGGAAAAUAAAAUUGAACAGCUAGAAACUCAACUUCAGGUGGGUUUUUUAGAAGAUGUAGAGCAGGAUCUACUGGGGGCCAAGGAAGAUCUUGAGAUGUGGAUGCAAAGAGAAGAAACUAGGCUCUCACAACAUGUGAAGCUUAGGUGGAUGGAGAAAGGUGAGGCUUCAGCUCAGUUUUUUAAAACUUUUGCUUCUUUAAAAAAGCCCAUAGUGCAGGCUCGGGCUCGUAGAGAGCUUCCUGAUUUAUCAUAUUUGGUACAAAUUCCAUUCUUGAGGAGGAAAAUGAUAACCUCCUUUAGCUCCCUUCGAUCCAAGAGAGCAUGCUGGGAUAUUGUUGAAGAUGAUGUAGUGGCAGCGGUUUGGGAUUUCUUCAUUGGCAAUUCAAUGCCGAGAUUCUAUUCAGCGUCUUAUAUUGCUCUCAUUCCGAAAAUGCAGAAGCCUAUUGGUUUUGAUAAGUUCCACUCUAUCAGUUUAUGUUCAGUGGUGUACAAAGUGUUUUCUAAAAUCUUGGUUCGCAGAUUAUCCCAUAUUCUGAAUAAAAUUAUCUCUCCGAAACAAGGUGCUUUUCUUCCUGGGAGAAGUAUCUUUGAAAAUAUUUCUUUGGCUCAAGAAAUGAUACACAUGCUUAAUAAGAAGGUUAGAGGAGGUAAUACUGUUAUUAAAAUAGACAUGGCCAAGGCUUACAACAGUAUAGAUUGA